GGUUGGGCGCGGGGCCGUGUGACCCCGCUCGGGGUCCGGAAGGCGUUGUAUCCGCAGUCGGAUGCGGAGGGGCUGGUCCUUUGCCUGGGUGCAUCUGGUCUAUGUGGCUGCCUGCUUCACCCAUGGCAGGUAACUGUAAGACCAAUGGACGAAGAGGACAAUGCAAUAGAUCUCUAUAAUAAUGCAAACCUAGAGAAACAGAACGAAGCUGCAAGAAUCAUUCAGAGGUCUUGGAAAAGAUAUAUUGAUACCCAUAUUUUUCAAUACUACAAAGGACUUAUCAGUUUUAAAAUGGUAGGGGAACCUCGUCUUUUGAUGAAAUACAUUGACCCUGUAGAGGCAGAUUUCCUAGAUGCCGCAGCAGGUGCAUAUAUCAGAUUCAGACUGGGCGGUGAAACUUCUCCUUUUUACUUACUACAGCAAAUACCUACCAGCUAUCCUCCAAAUAUAUACUAUAAAAUAUUCACUCAUAGACCUGUUGUAGAUAUGUGUGCUAACAGCCCUAAAGAUUAUUCAAAGUUGGCAUCCAAACAGAGUCUGACAGAAAAGAUUCAUGGAAAGAUUUGGAAAGAUGAUGGCAGUGGCUGGUACAAACGUGUAGAGAACAAUGGUUGGAGACUUCUUUCUGCCAAAGCUUGGAAAAGCAUGGAUCCUUUCACAACUGAAGACAACAAAAAGGAAAUACAAUUUCAUUUCUCUAAGCUGAAGAGGAAGCAAGAUGUUGAAACGAGAAGAAAAAGGAAAAAAAUUGAAUGGCUGAAAAAAAUGUAUUCCUCAGGAAGCCUGUGGGUCAAAACAGGUGACCCUACCAUUACAACUUUAAUUCAGAGAGCUGCAGACGGCAUUAUUGAUGCCACUGAGAAAGAAAGAGGACAGGAUGUAAUGGAAUGGGAAGUGGAUGAAUUAUUGAAAUGGACAAAUAUACUUGACUAUGGAGAAUAUAUGAGACAGUGGAAGGAAAUUGCAACAAGCAACACUUCCGACAACUACAGGGGUCUCAGGAACAAAGACUCUACACUCGCUGGACUCAAACCCACCAGCUUGGAUGCGGCAACUCCCUCUUUGUCUCCACUCUUCUGAUCAGCAAUUUAAAGAACCUCUACUCAACAUGAAACGAAACAGAUUCUUCUUUUCCUACUGUGACUCACCAUCAUAGCCUUGUGAGCUUGAAGACUACUGUAGUCUUUUGGCCUGUAUCUACUGUGAGCUCCUUCUUGAGGAUUCACAAGGAACUCGCCAAUGGGAGUCGUCCCUGAGCACCACUCAAGGACUCCGCUUCUCUGAGAAAGGGGAACAACCUGGGAAUAGAAAACCAGUAGCAAAUACAUUACAGCAUGCAUCCUUUUAAGGGACAUGAGUAUUAGAGUAUACAGUUCAAUUCACAUAGCUUCUUCUUAUAACUUUUUCUAAUCAAUGGACGCACUUUUCUUUAGUAAAAGAACCUGCUAAUGAACAGGUAGUCAUGCUAUACUACAACAUAAUUACCCUACUGAGUUUCCAUGUUUGGUCCUCAUAUAAUAAUGCAGGUAUUACUAACUGUUCAACAUACUUUAUGGGCUAUUGAAAGCAUUUGUUUGGAUCAGUGUAUUGUGUGACAAUUAAAAUAUACAUGUGAAACUGAAGAUACUCAGAAUAUCCAGUCUCAGAUUGCUGGCUCCUACUGGACAACAGGUCACACCGCAGCUGGCUCUGACUGACCCCUCUGGUUACUGAGUAGUAAUUUUUUUGGUUUUGAUGUUUUCCUCUUCUUUUGGAGGCAGCUAUGAGAAUUUCUAAUUUAGAUUUUUGUAGAGCGUUCACCUCUUUUGCUUUAUCAUUUAAUUGUCAGCGAGGUAUGAAAGUCUCUAGUACUAAAGGUGGGAUUUGUAAUUUCGAUUACAGUUAAAUAAACAUGAUUUCCAUUAUAUACACAUUUUAAAUUAUUCUGAAACUUUUUCCUCCCUGCCCUCAUUCUUUUUACAGAAUUGCAAAACCAAACAGGUUUUACUUAUUUAUUUUUGCCAAACAGAAUGAAAUCCAUCUAUGAGUUCUUGAAACUUUUAGAGGUUACACGGUAAAAAAGGUAGGUUUACUGGCUGUUUAGAACCACAGUUCCCACUUAUCAAAUACAAAGCUCAUUCCCAUGACUUCCCCCUCUCGUUUUUUUGAUCUGUAUAAAGAACACUUCAAAAAGCCCUGAAACAAAAUCCAGUGCAGCAAUUUUCUU